AAGAGGAAACAGCUCUGUUUCCGACAGAAAAAGACCAUUGGAAAAUCAGGUGGACUCUUUAACAUCUUCUUCCUCCUCUCUCCCCACUCAAUCGAACCAAAAAGCGCCAACCACGACCGACGGAUCCGCCAUGGAACUGGAAGGAAGCUCUGAAGCUACGCGCAAACCAGCGUUCUUCCGCGUCCUCGCCUGACCCCGUCGCAGUCCCCCACCCGUUUGUAUAGCUGCAAGAUGAACGCAAAAGCAAAGAGGAGAAAUGCUGCGGAGAACGGGGAUGCAGGGGAGGACUCAGCCCUUGCGGCUUCAAUCAGCAAUGGCGAGGAUCUGGGCCCGAUUGUCAGGCUCGAGUUUGAGAUGGGGCGGCCUGAGGCGCUCCUCCAGCAGCUCAAGACUGUUGCAAAGAAGAAAGAGAUAGAAAUUGAGGAGCUAUGCAAGACGCACUAUGAGGAGUUCAUUCUUGCGGUUGAUGAGCUUCGGGGAGUCCUGGUUGAUGCCGAGGAACUGAAAGGUGAGCUUUCAAGGGACAACUUAAAGUUGCAAGAGGUCGGGACGGCUCUUCUCACGAAAGUAGAGGAACUCCUCGAAGCUUUUUCCAUAAGAAAGAAUGCGACGGAGGCUAUAAAGAUGUGCAAGAACUGCAUGGAGGUCCUUGAACUCUGCGCGAAGUUUAAUGAACAUAUCUCGAAGGGUCAGUUUUAUCCUGCUCUGAAAACUGUCAAUCUGAUUGAGAGGAAUCACUUGCAGAACAUUCCUGUCAAGACUCUGAGACAGGUUAUUGAGAAAAAAAUCCCAGUAAUAAGAAUGUAUAUCGAGAAGCAAGUGAAUAGUCAGGUCAACGAAUGGCUUGUGCACAUUAGGAGCUCAGCAAAAAGCAUCGGCCAAACUGCAAUUGGACUCACUGCUUCGUCCCGUCAGAGGGAUGAGGAGAUGCUGGAACGCCAGAGACAAGCUGAGGAAGAAAGCCUUGCUGGUUUUGGGGAUUUUGUCUAUUCCCUUGACGUGGAAGAAAUUGAUGAAGACUGUGUUCUGGAGUUCGAUCUCACGCCACUUUAUCGUGCGUAUCAUAUUCAUAAAUGUCUCGGAAUUCCUGAGCAGUUCCGUGACUACUACUAUAACAAUCGGAUGCUACAACUUGAUUCUGACUUGCAAGUAUCUUCGUCUCAGCCCUUUGUUGAAUCUCAUCAGUCGUAUUUUGCUCAAAUUGCGGGACAUUUUAUAGUCGACGACCGUGUCACGAGAACUGCUGGCGGGCUUUUAGUUGCUGAUCAGAUUGAGAUGAUGUGGGUCAGAGCUGUUGCUAAGAUGGUGUCGGCAUUGAAUGACCAAUUCUCACGUAUGGAUUCAACAACACAUCUUCUCCUCAUAAAGGACUAUGUUGCUCUUCUUGCAGCAACCCUUCGGCAGUAUGGCUAUGAAGUGGGGCCCCUCAUUGAGGCUCUCGAUAAUAGCCAGGACAAGUACCAUGGGCUUCUCCUUGAAGAGUGCCGGCAACAGAUUGUGAACAUUCUGGGCAGCGACACCUACAAGCAGAUGGUGAUCAAGAAGGACACUGAUUAUGAGAACAAUGUCCUCUUCUUUCACCUGCAGACCUCCGAUAUAGUGCCGGCAUUUCCAUACGUUGCCCCUUUCUCUGCAAUGGUGCCCGAGGCUUGUCGAACUGUCCGAUCAUUCAUCAAGAGCUCAGUUGAUUACUUAUCAUAUGGUGGGCAGACUAACUCCUAUGAAACUGUCAAGAAGUACUUGGACAAACUGUUGAUUGAUGUGCUGAACGAUUCUCUACUUAGCACAAUCCACCGCAGCGAUAUUGAUGGAUCUCAAGCGAUGCAGAUUGCAGCAAACAUAGCUUUUCUUGAGAGGGCUUGCGAUUUCUUUAUACGACAUGCUGCCCAGUUAUGUGGUAUCCCCACUGGAACGAUCGAGAGGCCUCAAGCUACUCUGACCGCAAAAGUUGUUCUCAGAACAUCACGAGAAGCUGCUUACCUAGCUCUGCUGAACUUCGUGAACUCUCAGCUUGAUGAGUUUAUGGCCUUGACUGAUAACAUCAGUUGGACCAUGGAGGAGGUGCCUGAGGGUGGGAAUGAGUACAUAAACGAGGUUCUUAUCUACCUUGACACUGUCUUGUCCGCCACUCAGCAGAUCUUCCCCUUGGACGCUCUGUACAAGCUUGGGAUUGGUGCCGUUGAGCACGUAUCAAACACUAUCGUGUCAGCUUUUCUCAGUGAUAGCGUUAAGAGGUUCAAUGUGAAUGCGGUGAUGGGAAUCAAUAACGAUCUGAAGGAGUUGGAGACUUUCGCGGAUGAGAGGUUUCACAGCACAGGAUUGAGCGAGAUAUACAGGGAUAGGAGCUUCCGGGAUUGCCUGAUCGAGGCUAGACAACUGAUAAACCUUCUCCUGAGCAGCCAGCCUGAGAAUUUCAUGAAUCCUGUUAUCCGGGAGAAGAAUUACAAUGCUCUAGAUUACAAGAAGGUGGCGAGUAUCUGCGAGAAGUUCAAGGAUUCCCCUGAUGGCAUCUUUGGGAGCCUCUCAAACAGAAACACGAAGCAGAACACCCGGAAGAAGUCCAUGGACGUGCUUAAGAAGAGACUCAAGGACUUCAACUAGAGAUUGUUCGAGCUUUCGUGGUCCGUAUGCUAACCUCAGUUUUUCGAUUUUCCGAGUCAUUCUGUUUUCCUUAUAGGUUAGAGGGGGUGAAUCUUUCAGUUCUUCGGCUGAUUAAUCAUGAUAAUUUUCCAUUUUAAAUCCUUGCAAUGAAUGUUCGGUGCGAGUCUUGAUGCUUCAGCUUCUUCCGGAAGUAAGUCAUUAGAACCAUUGCCUGUACGAAUACAGUUUAUCUGACCUGGCCGUGAAUAAAACCUAGGAAUAUUCCCCGAACUUAUCUUCCAGAGUUUUACCACCAUUAGGAAGAAGUCACGGAACAGGAGUCCGGAACCGUCCUAUGAGUGAAGGUUGUGAUCAUUAUUACCGGUUCUAGUUCCUUAUAAUUGUUGAUCUAUGAACUCAGCGUAUUUAUGGAAUCGUACAAGUCUUGCAAUG